AUGGCGUCCAAGCGUGUCCACGACUCCGUCGGUGGCACCGAAGCUCCUCCUCCGCGCUCCAAACGUGCACGCCCGUCUCCAGACCAGGAGGAGUGCAAGACCGAUAGCCAGGAGCAACCGUCCGAGGUCGAUGCGUCUUCCCCGCAGUUCCCGAGGCUGCAGCACGUGUCGUUCCCCGUAGCGAUCGCGGCGCUUCCUCACGUGCUGCGGCUCAUUGACACGAUGGUGGUGGCCCCAGAGGAGGCUCUGGUUGAGGCGACGUCCACCCACCAAGUGGAGUGGGUGGAGCAAUUGUUGCAGAGGUUCGACGACUGCUCCCUGGAGGGAGCCAUGAUCCAGGCAGCGACAAAUGGCUACACGGAUGUUAUCGAGCUGCCACUGGAGCAUAUUGAUGGGUACAAUUCGGAAGACGACGAGGUGGAGUUCGAUGACAAUACGAAGGAGUUCGUGCGGAAGGCGGCCGAAGUCGCGGCCGAGCACGGCCACUGUGAGGCUGUGCAGGUGCUGAUAUCGCUCGUUAUGGACUUUGAUUGGAGCCGCUACUCGUCGGCCUUCUACCAUACAGCUCGAGGUGUUCUGGACGCGGCGGCUGGACGUGGCCAUCUUAAUGUGGUAAGAUUCAUGGUGCAGCACGCCCAUCAGUAUCGCUACAACCAGCGCUUUUCCAUUUGGGCUUCUGUCGACACGUUGGAGCAUGCGCUUGCUGGUGGACACCUCGGUGUGGCAAAUUUCCUCAUCGACUACAGCGACAUCUUUUGGAAUCUCAAGCGAGCUUUCGUUGUUGCGAUGGAAAGGGGACUCACGACGGUCGCGGACAGAAUUGCUGGCGUCUUUCCAGCUUGA